AUGGGUGUAGUAGAGGAAGCUCACAACGUGAAGGUCAUUGGCUCAGGAGGUCGAGGUACGAUCGUGUUAGGUCACGGGUUUGGCACGGACCAGUCAGUGUGGAAACACCUGGUCCCACAUCUGGUUGACGAUUACCGUGUUGUGCUCUACGACAACAUGGGAGCCGGUACGACUAACCCGGAUUAUUUCGAUUUUGAACGUUACUCGACUCUCGAAGGUUUCGCUUUUGAUUUGAUUGCAAUCUUGGAAGAGCUUCAAAUUCAGUCUUGUAUCUUUGUUGGUCACUCUCUUUCCGCUAUGGUUGGUAUCUUGGCUUCCCUUAACCGACCUGGUCUCUUCUCCAAAAUCGUUAUGCUUUCUUCUUCCCCAAGAUUCGUAAACGAUGUUGAUUACCAAGGCGGAUUCGAGGCAGACGACCUAAACCAACUCUUCGAAGCGAUGGCAAGCAACUACAAAGCGUGGUGCUUAGGUUUCGCUCCGCUCGUCGUCGGCGGCGACUUAGACUCGGUCGCCGUUCAAGAAUUCAGCAGAACACUCUUCAACAUGCGUCCGGACAUAGCUCUCUGCGUGGCUCAGACCAUCUUCCAAAGCGAUAUGAGACAGGUGUUACCUUUGGUCGCUGUGCCUUGUCACAUCCUCCAAAGCGCUAAGGACUUGGCCGUACCAGUCGUCGUCUCCGAGUACCUUCACAACAAUCUCGGAUCUGAAUCCGUCGUCGAGGUUAUGCCUUCCGAUGGUCAUCUUCCUCAGCUUAGCUCGCCGGAUACCGUUAUCCCUGUUCUCGUCCGUCACAUUCGCAAAGACAUCGCUGCCUGA